ACCUCUCCAGUCUCAGGGGAAGGGAGCUCUGUCCCUUGGGGAACUGGUUCUUGUGUGGCCUCCUGGGCUGUGAGCUGAAGACUUCUAUCACAGCCUUCUACAGCGCUGGCUUUGGCUUCUGGUUCACCAUCACCUGUCACUAAGGCGCUACCAGGAGCCCACUCCUCUGUCACCAGAAGGUGCCUCGUGGGGUUUCAUGAAACCCAGUUCGGCCUCAAAGCUUGCUAUCUAGACAGGGAAGGCCUUGGCCUUUAGUCCUUCUGCUCCAUCUGCUGAGUGUUGGUUCGCUGGCAGUUUACCACCACGCUAGCCACUGAGGAGUCACAUUCUGUGACUGUCCCCCAUCUUCCUGCCCAGCUCUGAACCAUGGCAACUUCCAGGUUGCCCGCCGUGCCUGAGGAGACCACCAUCCUCAUGGCCAAGGAAGAGCUGGAGGCCCUGCGCACUGCUUUUGAGUCUGGCGACAUCCCUCAAGCCGCCUCUCGCCUUCGGGAGCUGCUGGCCAACUCAGAGACCACCCGGCUGGAAGUGGGCGUCACGGGUGAGUCGGGAGCCGGCAAGUCCUCCCUCAUCAAUGCCCUACGCGGCCUGGGGGCCGAGGAUCCUGGCGCAGCUCUCACUGGGGUCGUGGAGACCACCAUGCAGCCUUCGCCCUACCCGCACCCGCAGUUUCCCGACGUGACCCUGUGGGACCUGCCGGGGGCCGGUUCUCCAGGCUGCUCAGCAGACAAGUAUCUGAAGCAGGUGGAUUUCGGCCGCUAUGACUUCUUCUUGCUCGUCUCCCCCCGUCGCUGUGGCGCCGUGGAGUCCCGCCUCGCUUCUGAGAUCCUGCGCCAGGGGAAGAAGUUUUACUUUGUGCGCACCAAGGUGGACGAGGAUCUGGCGGCCACCCGCAGCCAGAGGCCCUCGGGUUUCAGCGAGGCUGCAGUCCUCCAGGAGAUCCGAGAUCACUGCACGGAGCGGCUGCGGGUAGCGGGUGUGAAUGAUCCCCGCAUCUUCCUGGUGUCCAACCUGUCGCCAACCCGCUAUGACUUCCCGAUGCUCGUGACCACCUGGGAGCACGACCUGCCCGCCCACCGUCGCCACGCCGGUCUGCUGUCCCUGCCUGACAUCUCGCUGGAGGCUCUGCAGAAGAAGAAGGACAUGCUACAAGAGCAGGUGCUUAAGACUGCCUUGGUAUCUGGUGUCAUCCAGGCCCUGCCGGUCCCCGGACUGGCAGCCGCCUACGACGACGCCUUGCUUAUCCGCUCACUGCGGGGCUACCACCGCAGCUUCGGCCUAGACGACGACUCGCUGGCCAAGCUGGCCGAGCAGGUGGGCAAACAGGCAGGGGACCUGCGCUCCGUCAUCCGCUCCCCCCUGGCCAACGAGGUCUCACCAGAGACUGUCCUGAGACUCUACUCGCAGUCCUCAGAUGGUGCCAUGCGGGUGGCCCGUGCCUUUGAGAGGGGCAUCCCUGUUUUCGGCACGCUGGUGGCCGGGGGUAUCAGCUUCGGCACGGUCUACACCAUGCUCCAGGGCUGUCUCAAUGAGAUGGCUGAGGACGCCCAACGCGUCCGCAUCAAAGCCCUGGAGGAAGAUGAGCCCCAGGGGGGUGAGGUGAGCUUGGAGGCGGCUGGUGACAAUUUAGUGGAAAAGCGGAGCACUGGGGAAGGAACCAGCGAGGAAGCCCCGCUGUCCACCCGCAGGAAGCUCGGCCUCCUCCUCAAGUAUAUUCUUGACAGCUGGAAGAGGCGCGACUUGUCAGAAGACAAAUAAAACGCAGCCCUGCCCCUCCUCCCCACCUCCGCCUCACCCACCAGCCAAGCCCUUUAAAAAAAAAACCAACAUC